UGCUGGGCUAAGAGUGAGCUAGAGAGCUGGGAUUCAUUGACUGGCUGGGCUGCUACCAAUAAGUCAUCAAUAAUCGAUUGGUAAUCGAUAGCCCCAGGCUGAUUGGCAGCCAUGGAGACUUUAUAUCACCAGAGUAACAAGCAUGUCCAUGAAGUUCAGUCUCACAUGGGACGUCUGGAGACGUGUGACAAGCAGUCAGUACACCUUGUGGAGAAUGAAAUCCAGGCAAGAAUAGAUCAGAUAUUCAGUAAUCUGGAGCGACUGGAAAUCCUGGCCAGUAAAGAACCCCCAAGUAAAAGACAGAACGCCAAACUGCGUGUAGAUCAGCUCAAGUAUGACGUGCAACAUUUACAGACCGCCCUGCGAAAUUUCCAACAUCGGCGAUACGCCCGGGAGCAACAGGAGAGGGAACGGGAAGAGCUGUUAAUGAGGAAUUACACCACAAAUGAUUCAGAGACCUCCAUACAUAUUGAUGAGACCCUCCAGUUUAAUUCCUCCGUUCGUAACGCCCACCAAGGGAUAGACGACCUUCUGGGGAGUGGGAGCAAUAUACUUGAAGGGCUGAGGGACCAAAGGAAGACCUUAAAGGGAACCCAAAAGAAGAUCCUGGAUGUUGCAAAUAUGCUGGGCCUCUCUAACACGGUUAUGCGCCUUAUUGAAAAGAGAGCGUUUCAAGACAAGGCCAUCAUGAUUGCAGGGAUGCUGCUAACUUGUGUCAUCAUGAUUCUCGUGGUCAAGUACCUGACAUGAGACCUGGGCUCCUAGCAUCAUUGUUUAGAAUACCUAAGGUUAUCUCCUCUCUGCUCAUCCUGAUAUUCAGCUGUGAAAAGUCAAAUUUUGCCACUGUGGACAGAGCGAGGGGGGAAAAAGAAACCCAGGCAAAAUACUGACUAAUGUACAGGACAUCAAUGGUGUAAUUCCAGUGGCAAUCUAGCCCCCAUGACUAUUUUAUUUAAUAUUCCUCAACUCGCCUCCCAGGUCCCAUUACUUGUUCCCUGCUAAAAUAUGUGAUACUUUGGAGCUCACUAAAGGAAUACUUAAUAGCAACUGUAAUAUGUUAAUGCAGCUGGACUCAUUGGGCAGGAAGAGGCAACCAGUCCAUAAAAGGCUGGGCAAGGACAAAAAGCUCACAAAUUAGCCCGUAUGGGAACUGAUCAAUUGGUGGAAAUACAUCCAUACCCUACCAUUCAUCAAUGAAAGGACGGAAAAUGCUGUUUACGUUGUAACUACGAGAAAUGUGUAAAGCGUGCAGUGGGCAGAAAACUGAAUUAUGAAAAGAAACUAAUUUAUUUCAUCUUUUCAUUUCUUUCUUUAAACCAGUCUCUACAUAUUUUGGUUGCUGGUCUGCCAUCUACAUGCUUGGGGCUGCAUUUCUAAUUCCAAAAGCACUGGCAGAGAGCCGGCACCUACCUAUUUAGGAAGUUUGUUUUCUUAGGCCAUUAUCAAAUGCUCUCGUUGAUCUGUUACUGCUGAAAUGCAGAAUGUCAAUGUAAACAUUUUUUAUGUUUAAUUCUGUUCUGGACUAGUCUCAACUGCUUAAUUUUGGCAUUAAAGCUAUUCCUUCUGCAUUGACUGAUUAAUAUGAGACCAUAUUAGAUUAUGAAGCCCUCUUGUGGACGCUAGCCUAGGUCUAGUCUAGUCUACAGGGAUGUGUGGAGUUUAGGUGGGUAGGGUUGGUACCUCCUGCUGCCAAGUUGAUCCGAACAAAGUCAGUGGAGGCUCAGUUUAGAGUAAAUAUUAAGCUUGCUAUUUCCUUGAAUUUUACUUUCCUAACUAAAUAAAUUAUAACACCCACCAUUUCA